AUGACGGCAUCGCCCAUUCUAUCACAAUCAAGUAUCGUCAAAGCAACAAGCCCGUCAUGGCUCCGAAACCGCCGCCAGUUCUCCUCCAGUCCCGCAUCCCGCCACGGUCAUCUGGACCCACCCCGACCAGGUGAAGAACGCAAGGUCACCUUCAUAGACAAAGAUGGCCAAGCCACCACAUUCGAAGUAGCCGACGGCGACAACCUGCUCGACAUAGCUCAGGCCAACGAUAUUGAGAUGGAAGUAGAAGACGAAGCCUACUACGACAAGAUGGAAGAGCCAGAUGAUGACGAGAACGACAUGUUGGAUUUGGCAUUUGGUCUUACGGAAACCAGUCGCCUGGGUUGUCAGGUUAAGAUGAGCAAGGAGCUUGAUGGCUUGGUCGUGCGGUUACCGAGCAUGACGAGGAACCUGCAGGCUAGCGAUUUCGACAGUAAAUAA